AUGUCUCCAGCUCAAGAUCCAGAGCGGCUACAUGCAGCGCAACUCCUCGCUAGCCACAUUCUCAGCUCUCUCAGAGACAUUCGGGGGCUGGAAAUCGUCUCCGGUUUUGAAGAAAAAUUUCAGAGCUGCACUGCAGUACUCGACGUGCUCAACACUGCCAGUGACCAUCUGCGAUCCAUCGGGCGAACGCAGGAGGCAGACGCGAUUGACCAUGUCGUGCACAUUGCAUUGAGCUCCAUUAGCUACGGGGGGCUUCAACUCGACGGCACUAUAAUAACAUCCCAGGACCUCUCAGAGCUACAAUUCUUGGUCACUGCAUGGCUUGAAGCAUUGAAUUCAGCAGAACGGUCAAAGAAUACGCCAUCUCUCAUGGCGACAAAGCCAAAUACCAGGCGAGCUAUGACAUUGGCUGAGAAGAUAUUUGCCUUCCAUGACGUUGAAAGCAAGGGCUAUGUGCACCCUGGGGAAACGAUUCGAGUGUCAAUAGAUUGGAUCAUGGCAUCUGAAGCGUCUUGGAGCAGCAUGGAGCGUACGUAUGAGCAGCUGGGGAAGCCGGGCAUCUUCCGAAAUGAUCGAUUUUGGCUGGCAGGCGAUCAUGUUGUCCACCCAAAGCUGCUUGCCCACCCCACGGUAGCGAGGCUCAUCAAUUCCUCCGAGAGAGCCAGGAAAGAUUUCAGAAUGACCGACUAUCAGGGAAUGAAUUACACAAUCAUGCACACGGAAUUCUAUCGCGAAAGAGCCCAGCCAGGUAUGAUUGUGAUUGGUUCCGACUCUCACACUUGUUCUUCCGGUGCUGUUGGAUGUCUCGCUAUUGGCCUUGGUGCUGCUGAUGUGACUAUGGGACUCGUCACCGGUGAGAUGUGGUUCAAAGUCCCAGAGUGCGUCAAUAUCCGCCUCGUUGGCAAGCCGCCGCCGGGUAUCGGAGGUAAAGAUGUCAUCCUUUACAUUCUUAAACAACUGAAGAGGAACACCGUUGCGGCCGACAGGGUUGUUGAAUACACCGGCCCCGGAGUGAAAUAUCUAUCAUCCGACGCUCGAUUUGCCGUGGCUAAUAUGACGACGGAAUUUGGAGGUAUCACAGGAGUCUUUGCACCAGACGCUGUAACGAACGCGUUUAUCAAGACAAGAAAACUGUCGAAACACAAGAAGAACUCUGUGUAUUUCAAGCCUGACGAAGAUGCCGUUUACGCCCAGACUUGCGUCAUCGAUCUGUCUCAAACAGAAUCGUGUGUUGCAAGACAUCCUAAUCCAGACGAUGUUGUAUCCGUGCAGGAGAUGGCGAAUACUUCGCUCGACGGUUGUUUCAUUGGAGCGUGUACCACAGCCGAAGAAGACAUCAUCCUUGGAGCUCUUGUCCUAGAGCAAGGACUGAAUAGCGGGUUGGCUCCAACGGCGAAAGGCACAAGGAAGGUCGUACCUGGCUCCCUUCCUAUUUUAGACCGCCUACGAACAUCCGGGCUCUGCGCGAUCUACGAGCAGGCUGGUUUUGAGAUUGGCGUUCCCGGUUGCAGUUACUGUGUUGGAUCAAUUGGUAACCUAGCUUCGGCAGCGACCGUCGCUGCUUCAUCCUUUGAGAUGAAGAUCCGAGACCCUCGAGGUCUCAUUGAUCAAAUACCUCCUGCGCGAUGGGAGGCACUGAAAGGAAGGGGCUCUCUGAGCUCCACAAAGCUUUUAGAGCCCCGAUAUGUCGAGCCCCCCUGCCCGAAAGCUCGCCAGCCUCCGCCGACCGAAGUAGCAUCAUGGGCUCUCUUGCCAGUGUCGGAUGAGACCUUGCAAAAUACCGAUAUACGUGACCAGAAUGCAGGCCAAACGGCUACUAAGCGGCUUAUCUCAGGCAAGAUCCAGAGGCUUGGGGACUUUAUCGAUACAGACGCCUUGGCUCCGGCACAGUACCUGGUUGAAUGCCGUAGUGACAAGUCUCUCGGCGCCCAUUGUCUCGAGUUCACGCACCCCGAAUUUCGGCAACGAGUCACUGAUGGCUUUGAUAUCGUGGUGGCUGGUAAGGCUUUUGGCUGCGGAUCCUCUCGGGAACAAGCAGUAUCUGCUCUCCUAGGUUGUGGAGUGAAAUGCGUCAUUGCAAAGUCUUUUGCCUUCAUCUAUAGCCGAAACCAACCAAGCCUGGGACUCUUGGGAAUCACGCUGAAAGAUGAAGAGUUUUACCAGCUGGCCCACGCUGGAUCAAAGAUCGAUGUAGACGUGUCCAGAAAUGUGGUAACAGUCAGCGACAAGGAAUUUCCAUUCCAGUUGAGCAUUAUGGAAAGGGAGUUAAUGGACCUGGGAGGCAUCACGCCUGCAUUUAUGAAAUUUGGAAAGCAGAUCUUCGAUGCGCUUUGUACAGCCGGAACAGGGGUGAAGACUAGGGCAAACUUUGAGCAGGAUGAAGGAUCUGAAUGUGCUGGAUCUGCACCAUUGCAAUGGUGA